AGCGCGUCGAUCUGGGAAGCGUGCGCGAUGGUGGCGGGACACAUCCUCGACGCCGUGGACGUGCUACACAGCAGAGUGCGGGGCAAGAAGCGCUCGGGGAACAGGGAGAUGUCCCACAACUUCGUGAUGCACGACAAGCUCAAGCCGUGGGUCAAGUGGGCGUUCUGGUUCACCAACGUGCCGUAUUGGAUAAUCUGCGGCCUCGCGCUGUACCAGUCGCUGCCCGCCAAGGCGCUGCAGCACCCGGUGGCGGAGUGCCUCCGGCCGUACUGCGGCAGCAAUCUGUUCCACGCGAUAUGCGUCGGGCUCGUCGCGCUCGCGUCCAGCGCGUUCCACGGCGCGCAACUCAACCUGGACCGCGCGUGCGCGUGCGCCCUGCACGAUUGGAAUAUCCUCGUCGGCCGCGCGGAGCAGCUGACGGGGGUGACGCUGACGCCCCUUCACGAGGUCGGGUCGAUGACGGUGGCGACCCCGAGGGGUCUGAGGAGGCGAAGCGGGCGGCUGAACGACAAGAGGAUGAGCGGUAGCCCGCGGGCGUUCGACGACGGCGUGCCGAACGGACUCAACGACCACCCCAGCGACGACGAGGAGGAGCUCUGCCAGUUCGUGGGCGAGGAUGCGCCAAUCUGGGAGGCGCCGAUGGCGGGCGCCAUCGCGGGGGUGACGGGCGCUUCGCCCGAGCGACGCAGGCUGGUGUCCAACCUGCUGUUCUGCGACGUGCUGUGCGCGAACGUGUACGUCAUGUUCCUACUGUCGUGCAUCGGCGCCAAGAGGGGUCACCUCACUGAGGUUGUCGAGGCAUCGGCACUGCCGGUGGUGUGCAUGUUCAUCGCCGCGGCGUGCAAGCGAAGGGGGAUGUACCACGGGUACGUGUUCUUCCACUCGAUCUGGCACUUCACGUCGGCUCUGUUGAUGUACGAGAUGCUGUACGAGAGGUUCGGGGAUUCGUGGUGAGCGACGCGGCGGGGGUGCGCGUGUUACCGACGAGAUGGUUUUUUAGCGUGUUUGGUCGUUGCGUAUUACGUGUC